AGUAUCGAUAAACGUUUGGAUCAGUUGUCGAUCACCGCUUUGCGUUACAUAGCACAUCUCACGAAAGUUCGUGGAUAUAAAGUGAUCGUCAGGCUUUUGCCACACCACGUCUCUUAUCUCGAUAAACUACUAACCGUGUUAGAGCAGUACAAAACCACCGUUGGCAGUGAUUUGUUUGAGCGCCAUGUACUUCUUCUGUGGUUAUGGAUAGUGUGUAAAAAUCCUUUCGAUUUCAGAAGAUUCGACCCCGUAGAUCAACCUGGUACAACUACUAGUCGAAUUCUCGCGGUAGCCACCUCAUAUCUCAAAUAUCCAUGGUCUACUGUUCAUUCAUUUGCGCAGUGUCUUGCUCGUCACGACUGUAUACCCCUUAUCCCCAGUAUUAUUUCGGAAUGCGCAGAUCAUCUAAAGAAUAAUUCGGAAAACCUUUUGAGCUAUGCCGUGCUGAUAUGCGCCAUCCUUAAACACGUGUAUCGAACAACAUCUCUUUAUUCGCUUGUACCCUCCGUGGCGGAAGUCAUGAUUCACCAACUUUCCAUUGAAAAAGUCGAGCAAGGGAUUCGUCUGAUCAAGGAAGUGCGUGGAAGAAGACGUCUAGAAGAGAAUCUCAAGAGUCCGAAAGCAAAUGGAAGUGAAUUUGUGACUCAACAUUGUUCAAACAACAACAAUUUGGGUGCAGACGAUAUUUGCAUGGAGGAAGAUGAGAUGAUCGACUCCGGAGUGAAGUGGUUUAUUUGCCCAUUGGGUCUCAUUUAUGAUGCCAGAUUUGUGGAAUGGGCAAUUGGCAAUGUCUUAUGUGCUCUAUCUGAUGAUCACACAACGGUGAGAUGGUCGGCUGCGAAAGGUGUAGGGCGGAUAACAGCUCGUCUCCCGAAAGAGCUUGCCGUCCAAGUGGUGGACUCUAUUCUCUCUUCCAAUUUCCAUCGGUUGGCUGGUCAUUGUUCGUGGCAUGGAGGUUGCUUAGCACUUGCUGAACUCUCACGCCGAGGAUUCUUGCUCCCAGAAGCGCUCGAUAGGGCAUUUCCAAUAGUACAACAGGCUCUUUUCUAUGAGGAACCGAUGGGACGGCAUGCUUUCGGUAGCAACGUUCGCGAUGCUGCUUGUUAUGUAUUGUGGGCGUUUGCCCGCGCGUACGAGCCCGACGAGCUGAAGACUUUCAUAGAUUCCGUUGCCACGAGUUUGAUGUGUGUUGCAUUAUUCGAUCGCGAAGUGAAUCUGCGUAGAGCUGCGUCGGCAGCAUUUCAAGAAAAUGUGGGUCGUCAAGCAAACUUUCCUGAUGGAAUCGCAUUACUGACUACAGUGGAUUACUUCACCGUGGGCAAUCGUUGGCGUUGUUAUACAAAAGCAUGCUUAGAAGUUGUUCGUUUUCCAAAGUACGCUGAUGCCAUAAUCGAUCACUUAGUGGAGAGCAAGAUUCACCGUCAUGGAUAUCUCCUAGCUCUUUCUCAUUGUAUUCAAGGCCUUCUUUCAGCUGGGUUUUCAUGCAGCAAAGAAGUCCUAUCGCCUGCCAUUGAAUUGCCGUGGAAGCUCCGAGCAGAGAGUGAGAAGCUAAAAAUAUCUGGGGGAGAGUUGACUCGUCUCGCCCUGGCAACGUACAUACGCUGCUUAUCUUCAGUGCCAAUAGCUUUGGAUCCUGAAACAAUCGAGAAAUGGCAAGACCGUUUGUUGAUGUUCGCAUGUGAUGACACGGCUGCAGUCAGAUCUGCGGCCGCCGCUGCGGCCUCAGCGUUCUUUCCAGCGUAUUUUUCUGAACGCCUUUCUAUGAGCAUUGAUGCGAAAAUUGAAAGUAUCCCCACAAAGAUUUUGACAGCUAAAAAAGAAAACGAGCGUAUUGGUUUGGGCUUGGUAGUGGCUUUCCUUCCUCGACGUUUCAUCAGCUCGCUGUUGGUUGACGCCAUUUGCACCGUGAUUGUAAAGUAG